AUGAUCGCCGACAUGUCCAUCGACUCUGUACGUGGCCAAGUGCUCAACUCUGGCGCGAGCAUCUCGGACGUGUCCGGCGAACUCGAGGCGUCGCCGCACGCGAGCAUCCACAUCGCGCUGGCUGGGCCAGAGAACAACGUGGCCAUCUCGCCGCUGGACCCGGUCUUCUUCCUCCAUCACAACACGCUCGACUUGCUCCACACGAUCUUCUACCACUGCAAAGUCGAGCCGCUUGGGCUGACCGACGAGCAAAAGAAAACGGAUGCCAGGUCGUUUGAAGGGUGCCGCACUGGCAAUGGCGACGUCAUCGGCCCGACAUCGCCCAUCAUGAUGCGAGUGGAGUCGAACGCAGGCACGAUGGACAUUCACAACGACCCGCUGGUCGGCGAAUUCUUUCGCGCCGUGCCCAACCA